UGGUGCGGUAGAGAUUACUGGCUGGGAGGCGGUGAUUUUCUGGGGUGGGUGGGCCCCACCUCCUCUGUUUUCUUGGAGAUUUAGUUUCUCCUUUCCCAAGGCCCACCCACAGAAAUUUGCCGUUUCCUCCCUUUUUCUCUUUUCCUGGAUUUCUCUCUCUCUCUCUCUCUCUCUCUCUCGAUUUUGGCAUUGGCUUUCCAUGGUGAUUUUCCAGCAUCUGAUGCUCCCCUUUUGGGGUAUAUAAAAAGCGCAUUUGGGGGGUCCUCACCAUACUAGUUGCAUACAAGAGACCAUAUUCUCUGAGAGAGAGAGAGAGAGAGAGAGAGAGAGAGAGAGAGAGAGACUGUGUGUGUCUCUUUCACCUUCCUUCCCUUGAGCUUUGACAGGAUCCAAAGCUGGUUGUGAAAAUCUCAUUCCUUUUGGUUCCCAUUCCGCUCCAUGGAUUCUGAAUCACCAGAUGCAUGGCAAAGACGUGGCACAACUGAAAAUGAAGAUGGUGAUGGAAAUCCAAGGAGAAAGAAGAAGAAAGCAAAUGAAAACUCCAAGCAAAUGGAAUUGGUUGAACCACCAUGGGGUGAGUUGGAAGAUGGUGUCAUUGAGAUGGUGCUCAUGAGGCUUCCAGUAGCCGAUUUCUUCCGAUUCCGUUCAGUGUGCAAAGGAUGGAGCUCCCUCAUCCAGUCUCCAAACUUUCUGGCAGCCUGCUGUGAAAUCACCCGCCAACCUUGGUUCUACAUGCUCGAGUCCAAAACCCCUGCUGGUGUCGUGUAUGACACGGAGGCAAACCGGUGGCGUCACAUUAACCUCCCAGCCCCCGCUAAAGGGUCUGGGAAGCGUAAGAUCCCUGUAGCAGCUUCCGGUGGCCUCAUGUGCUUCCGGUCAUCUACUGGCGAACUCACUGUAUCCAAUCCAUUGACUGGGUCUUCCCACCUAUUACCAACUUUGAAAACAGACCGCGCAGUUCUUGCAAUUGCCAUGCUCGUGUCAGGAUCUUCCUACAAGAUCAUAGUUGCAUUUGGUAGAGCACCUAGUUUCAACAUCAAGGUGUUCUCAUCAACGGAGAAUUGCUGGAAGGAGAUGCCAUUGACCAUGAUGUUUGAGUUUGGCACCAAAGGGACAUCCCAGGAGGGUGAUGGAGCUGGGAAUCACAACAUGUUUCAUGGGCGGGGACUCUUGGAACGACGGAGGGAUCGUCUGCGCCGUGGGAUCAUUCACCGGAACCAAUCAAGGGAGCUCUCAGGCCUCAUGACAGUCUGUAGCAGCGGCCAUGAAAUCAUCCACUUCCUCAAUGUUCAUGGGAGGGUGGUUGCGUGCAACAUUCACCUGGGGACCAUAUGCAUAUAUCCACAGCUACUGCCACCGGAAAUUGAGUACUCGGUCGAUUUGGUUGAGUGCGGCGGACGUGUACUUCUGGUGGUUCUCCUCGAGAUGAUGGAAUCUGCGAGCCUUCGGGUUUGGGAAUUUGACUCAGAUGAGGAGGAAUGGAUGCAAAUAAUGGCAAUGCCACCCGCAAUGUCGAAAAUAUACUAUGGUAAGAAGGCUGAUAUUAACUGUGUGGGUUAUGGAGAUCUUAUCAUGGUAUGUAUCAGUUCUUUAUGCUUUCACCGCGUGGUCAUGUGCAACAUAGCUGAGGGUACAUGGGUUGAGCUGCCGAGGUGUUACAAGCCCCGCACUCGGACAAUGAAGAGGUUUGUCUCAGCAUACGCCUUUGAACCCAGGAUAGAAUCUUGUGUUUGAAGAGAGAGGAUAUAGGAGUAUCUUAGUUUUAUAGAUCAAAUUAGUUAUUAUCUAUAUUGCCUAUAAUAUAUAUUAUAUAGAUAGAAUUGAUGUGACAUGAGAUGAUUUAUGGAAUGAUAAUCAAGAAAAUGAUAGUGGAAAAUGCUUUUGAUGUUUAAGGGAUUCUUUUCUUU